UUUUUGUUUUUAUCUUUCCAGCGGCACUGCUCAGCUCAUUACCUCAUUGCUUUGUUGAAAUUGAAGCCGGCUACUGCGAUCGUCUUUUCCAGUCAUUGGUUCCUGCGAUUCUGCCGUUCUCUUCAUGCUUCCCAUUUGCUCGGCUACGAGAGAGCGACGACGGCGACAAGAACCAUACGAUGGCAUCAUCGACAUCUGCUGAAGAGAUGCUGGACCAAAGCAAACCGAACCAGCUCCCUGUACCAGUCCUAGGAAUCACGCUUCAGUUUCAAGGAAGCAACCAACUGCUUGCUGCACGUUCUUUGCAGAGCCUGCCUGAAGUCGGCUGGCAACCCCUCGUGCUGCCGGGGGCCGUGGCGCGAGUCCUCGACGACGGCCUGCAUUAUUUCAUCCAUGAAAGUCUCAACCUGCCCCUCCUGGCCGUGAAAACCGGAUGCCCACAGGCUGGUGUACAGCUUGUUGUGUUUGUCCAAGAGGAGGCCAAUUUUCGCAUCAUGGAACAGUUUUACGGUAAGCUCUUUGGUGUGAAACCAAUAGAGCACGGCAGCCCCGGCAGCGCCAUCUGUACUUCGAUUAUGCCCCUUUCACCACAGAUGGAGUUUGUUUUGGCAUUCUACCGUGGUUUGAAAACUCAGUCAAUGAAGAAAGCUGCACUCUAUGUUCAUGUGAAGGAUGUUUACACCAUCCGUGGGAUUAUCAAGAUCUGCACGGAUUACUGGCAUAUAAAUGAUCCGGAGGGAAAUCGUAUCGUCAUCUUCCAGAGUCUCAAGUGACACUGAACUGUCUGUUUUUAAGGUAUGCGGAGUGAUCUCCCCCUUGAAAAAAAAAAAGAAAGACAAAAAAACAAACAAAAAUAAAAACAAACUCUUAAGACAUUCAA